AAUCUUAUCUUGUCUUGAAUUAAGAGAAGAAGAAGACAGAGAAAGUGAGAGAACCACCCCAUCAACGCCAUUUCCUUUUUCUCCAAUUCAAACACUGUUCAAUUGAGCAAAAAUGGAGUCUGAGACAGAAGAAAGAAGAGAGGUGAGUGAACCACCGUUACCCCUUGUUCCUUCCAUAACCGAAGCAGCAGCAGCAGAAGCGCCACCACUACCCUUGACUAAAAGGAAGAUAACAUCUGAAUUGAUUCAAGAUUACGGAACAAGAAGAUCUGUGUACAGAAAAAGACGUGAAGGGUUGUUGAAGAAGAUGAAGGAGAUAACCACCCUUUGUGGUAUCGAUGCAUGUAUUAUCAUCUAUGGUCCCGGUGAUGACGUACCUAUGAUGUGGCCAUCAGCUGAAGUUACUAAACAACUACUAAUUAGGUAUCGUGGUCUUCCAGAGAUGGAUCGAUUCAGAAACGUUGUUACUCAAUGGAGUUAUAUGCAGGAGAAGACAAGAAAGAUGGAAGCUGAACUUAAAAGGAUCAACGAGAGGAACAACGAGAGAGAAAUGCUUAUUUUCAUACAUGAAAUUUAUAAGGAGGGUAAGCCUUUAUCUGCUUUUCAUGUUAGAGAUUUGGAGCGUUUGCUUGCUUAUGUUCAGGGAAAAAUGAAGAAUGCUCAAAAGAGAAUUGGUCAUGUUGUUCAACCCUCGUUGCCUGCUUCUAGUUCUUUACCUUUGGUACCUGUCUCUUGUUCUUCUCUACCGAAUAUGGUUGUGGAGGAACAAGUUCCGGAGCAACAACCAACCUUAAAUUUGGUGAAUAUUGGAGUUGCCCAGAUGAACAAUGUUUUUGAUAGUAGUAACAUGAAUCUACAACCACGUACAUAUGUUGGUAAUGUUGAUACGGUGCUCCCUCAGGGUAAUUUUAGUGGUUUCAAUAGUACAAGUGAUUCGGGGAUUUUGCCUCCGGGCUAUUUUGGAGGUCUCAUUAAUGGGGAUAAUGAUUACUUAAGAAUGUUGUCUCAAAGUAAUUUUGUCGGUUUUAAUGCAGAGAGUCAUCACUCAGGGUUAGAGGUGCUGCCUCAAGCUACUUUUGGAGGGUUCAAUGUGGAUAAUGAUCACUUAUUGUCUCAAGGUAAUUUUGGCGGCUUCAGUGAAGUAAGUGUUCCUUCAGGGUUAGAGGCGUUACCUCAAGGAAAUUUUGGAGAUUUAAAUGGGUUAAGUGAUCACUUAAAUGUGUUGCCUCAAGGUAACUUUGGCCAUUUCAAUGAAGAAAGUGUUCCUACAGGGUUAGAGCCGUUGCCUCAAGCAAAUUUUGGAGAUUUAAAUGUGUUAAGUGAUGACUUAAGUGUGUUGCCUCAAGGUAACUUUGGCAGUUUCAAUGCUGAAAGUGAUUACUUCGGGUUAGGAGUGUUGCCACAAGGUAAUUUUGGAGAUAACUCUGGAUCAUUACCUCAAGGCAAUUUUUUUGGUCUUGAUGAUCAAAGGGAUCAUUCAUGGAUGUUGCCUGAACUCAGUUUUGGAGGUCAAAAUGUUGAAAGUGACUUGGGGAUGUCUUUGCCUCCGGGAAAUUUUAUAGGCUUCAAUGGUGAAAGUUGUUCAGGGAAUUUGCAUGGAAGCUUCACUGGUACUGAAAUUGGAAAUAAUGACUUGUGGAAUUCUUAUGGCCAUUUUGGAAGCACAAUUAGUGAAAGUGAUAUGAGGCUGGGCAACAACAUCUCAGAAGGCAACAUUGAUCGUGGUUUUUAAAUGCUGUUUCUUUCUUGUUAGAAUUUUCUUUUGACAAACUUGUGUGAUCCAGCUUCUUUCAAUAACUUUGUGUUUCAAAUUAACAAUGUGUGGAACAGGUUUGACUGAUAAUAUUUUAUUCAAGUAAAGGUUAUUAUUG